AAAGCGAGUCAAAAAGAUAUGGCGAAAUCUCGCAUUCCUCUUGAAUAUAGAGAUUAUUGCGCCAAUUUACUGAUCCCGCUCAACAAAUGUCGAGGCGAAACAUUUUAUUUACCAUGGAAGUGUGAAAAUGAACGACAUGCGUAUGAAAAAUGUCAAUACGAAGACUUUAAACGCCGUAUGAAGGAACAACAAGCAAAGUUAGAGGCCGAA